UGUCCUGUCCCCUGUGCUGUCUGUGGUCCCGCUGGGCCCUGGGCAGGGUCAGGGCACAUUGGCAGUGGGUGCUGCACAGUUCCAUGCCCAGGGAGCUGGCACCCUGGGUGGCCAGGUUUGGGUGCCUGGCAUACUCUCUGCAGCCGUGUUCCAGUUGUUCACUUUCUCCUGAUUUCUCAACCAGAGGAUGGAACAUUUUAAUGGAAUUGUUGUACUUGAGUAAAUAAAGGAGUUGAGUUCAUUACCAGAUUAAAAAGUGCCUUAUUUUGAAAGUUUGUGAGUGCAUUUUACUCCUGCCUCUUUGAUCCUUUAACUCUUUGACACUCACCUUAUUGCAUUCCUUGGUUUCCAGGGUGUGGGAAUCCUGACUUUUGCCCUGAGACAGUGAAUCACCAGUGGCAUUGCCAGGAUUCAGGAGUGGGUUUGGGGAGGGAGGAAACAUUUCUUGCUGCAUGUAAGGACUGCAGAAUUUCAGUCAAUAGUUGCAAAUUCUUCCUCUUCUCUCAUGAUGUAAAAUGGCUCUGUGGGAGGGGAAACAGUUCAGAGGAGCUGCUGCCUUGGAUAGGGAGAGGAAGCUCUUCCAUCACGGUGCUGUAAGCCCUCUGGUCUGUAAGCUGAGGGAAAUGCCUUCCUGGCUCCUCUGGGACAGCAGUGGAGGCAAUUGAGAGCAGAAAUGAUCCAGAUGUGUGAUGUGAAACUGGGGGUACAUUGCCAGUGGCUGUAGGUGCACUGGUUAUGGAACUGACACGGACAAUUCUCUCCAAGGGAAGGAGCUGUUGUGAAAAACCGGGAGCAGCACUGGGGCUUUCCUGAUGGAGCAGAACAGAUACAGCACAAAUUCUGGUGACAGCUGUGUCCCUGAGGGUGUCAGCAGGGAUGGGACACAGGAGCAGGAGUGGUUGCACAGGUGUCUGUGAGGGCUUCGUGGGAGGCACAGCGAGGAUGUGACACUGGGUUUGUCACCUCCCCUGCUCAGUGGGAUGGGAGUGAGAAAAGCCUGGAUCUUCCUAAGGCAUGUUCAAAACAGCCCAGGCUCCCCCCCUGAUUCCACAAGAGCUGAGGCAGCUGAAGUAGCACAGGUGCAAGAAACCUGGAUUUUUGUGCUUGUAUUCAGCCAUCUUCCUGCUCUGACAAAGGCUUCUGGGCACACACAAAUGCUCUUGAAAACGGGGCCAGGAAUUCGUAUCUGGUUUGUGAUUUCUAUCCAUUUUUCUACAUGAGGAGUCAGCCAGCAGCACAGGCAGUUUUCUGAGGAACCUGAGGCUUCUGCUUUUGUAGAAUUAUAUUUAAAAGUGGUCUGUGAAGGUCUUCUGUGAGGAAAGUUGUCUUUCCCAAAACUCCAGCUCUGAUCUUGUCUGUGAACAGAUUCAGCUACAGAAGCUGCCGUACAUUUGCCGUUUCCAUUUCCCCCUGUGUCAGGGCAGGACCUGGUGGCGCUGUCAUUGUGGCAGUGGCUGUGUCAGUGGUCAGGGGGAGGGUACAGAGCUCCUCAACCAUCCUCAGAUGGGGCCCCUGGAGCUGCUCGUGAUGUGCAGGGACAGUUUUGGUCAGCUCUGCUCUCAAGUGAUGUGCAAGUGCAGAGUAUGGAUAAAUCUGUCAGUUAUCCAUGCAGAUGAUGCAAUAAAGAUAAUUUUCUAUUUUAUUUUUAGACUGUGAGAAAGGGAGAAAAACACCAUAAUGACGUGUCUAAAGCCCCGAAGACACUUGCCACAAUCUUCGACUCAUUUCCUCAAUAAUGCUUUUAUUUUGCAGUUUUGGUGAUGAUGUGCCUGUGUUCCUUCCGCUAGAUCUCUGAUUUAUUUGGGUCUGAUGAGUCUUGCUCCUGGCAGCAGUUCUAGGAGCAGGGUAAUGUCUUUAAGGAGAGAUUUGCCUGUUGUGCUGUGUGUGAAGGAUGGCGCUUGCUCCUGUGCCGAGGGAGAGCCGAGGCAGCAGCUCCUGGUGCUCCCUCACCCCGGACAAACACGGACACACCGUGCCAGGGAGGUCUGGGGUGGAGCUGGAGAUAAACACCACCAGCUGCUGCUUGAGAAGGGUGGCACAGGAUGGAGAUUGUUGUAAGGGAAGUGAAGACUGUCACAGAAACAGAAAUCAGAUUUGUGCUGACAUCAGUCAGGACUUCUGCGCUCCUCCAGGGACUCUGAGACUGCAGAAUCAUGGAAUGGUUUAGGCUGGAAAAUCCCUCCAAGAUCAUCGAGCCCAGCUGUACCCCCAGCACUCACAAGCCCACCACUAACCCAUGUUUUCCUUUUCAACUCUCUCUUAUCCUUAAAUAAAAGAACGCCACUCUCCCCGAUUCCAAAAGAAACAAAGAUUUAUGGCAAGAAUUAUUGUCCUGAGCAGGGCCCAGACUUGCAGAGCUGGAGCUGACCCGGGAAGGGUUGCCUGGAAAAGGUUCCUCAUCUCAGGAGACAGGAGGAGUCUGUCGUUCUGUCCGUGUGGAGACAAGGGGACAGGAGGAGUCUGUCAUUCUGUCCGUGUGGAGACAAGGGCAGGAGGAGUCUGUUGUUCUGUCCGUGUCUGUCUGGGGGUGCUGUGUCUGGUGGCUCUCACAUCCAGCCCUGGCACAGCCGGGCUGCUGCUGCUGAGGGCAGGGACUGCCACGGGCAGUGGGUGCUGUGCCUUUGGGAGACAGCAGCAGCUUUCAGAACCGCUUUUUGUGAUGCCCAGUCCACCACAAGAGACUGCUGCCACCUAUAAAAUCCCCCGGGACCAAGAUUUAAGACCUUGUCAUGUGCCUGCAGUGCGUGUGCCAGCUGUGUGAACACACCAACUUCACGUGCCAGACGGAGGGCGCCUGCUGGGCCUCGGUGAUGCUGACCAACGGGCGUGAGGAGGUGGUCAAGUCCUGUGUCUCCCUGCCCGAGCUGAACGCCCAGGUCUUCUGCCACAGCUCCAAGAACGUCACCAAGACCGAGUGCUGCUACACCGAUUUCUGCAACAACAUCACCCUCCGCCUGCCCCUCGCAUCCGAGGCUCCUGGCAGAGUGGCGCGGCGCUCGGCGGCGUUGGCGGUGCCGGUGGCGGUGCCAGUGUGUGCCCUGGUGCUGCUGGCCCUGCUGGGGGCCUGCACGGCCCGGGGCCGGCGGCACCGCGGGGCCAAGCCCCCCAACGUGGAGGAGCCCCUGUGCGAGGCCAGCCUGGCCAGCUCCGGGAAGACGCUGAAGGAUCUCAUCUACGACAUGACCACCUCUGGCUCGGGCUCCGGUCUGCCUCUGCUGGUCCAGAGAACCAUCGCGAGGACGAUCGUCCUGCAGGAGAUUGUGGGAAAAGGACGAUUUGGCGAAGUCUGGCAUGGGAAAUGGUGCGGGGAGGACGUGGCUGUGAAAAUCUUCUCCUCCAGGGACGAGCGCUCCUGGUUCCGGGAGGCAGAGAUUUACCAGACGGUCAUGCUGAGGCACGAGAAUAUCCUGGGCUUCAUUGCUGCCGACAACAAGGAUAACGGGACGUGGACUCAGCUCUGGCUCGUCUCCGAGUACCACGAGCAGGGCUCCCUGUUUGACUACCUGAACAGGGGCACGGUGACGGUGGAGGGCAUGGUCAGGCUGGCACUCUCGGUGGCCAGUGGCCUGGCCCACCUCCACAUGGAGAUCGUUGGCACGCAAGGGAAGCCAGCGAUCGCACACCGGGAUCUGAAAUCCAAGAACAUCCUGGUGAAGAGGAACGAGACCUGCGCCAUCGCUGACCUGGGGCUGGCAGUGAAGCACGACUCGGUGCUCAACACCAUCGACAUCCCCCAGAACCCCCGGGUGGGCACCCGGAGGUACAUGGCCCCGGAGAUCCUGGACGACGCGAUGAACAUGAACAUCUUUGAGUCCUUCAAGCGUGCAGACAUUUACUCCCUGGGGCUGGUGUACUGGGAGAUAGCCCGGAGGUGCUCCGUUGGAGGAGUCACUGAGGAAUACCAGUUGCCUUACUACGACCUUGUGCCUUCUGAUCCUUCGAUAGAAGAUAUGAGAAGGGUUGUCUGUGAACAGAAGCUCAGACCAAGUAUUCCAAACCAGUGGCAAAGCUGUGAGGCUCUGCGGGUUCUGGGCCGGCUGAUGCGGGAGUGUUGGCGUGCCAGCGGUGCCGCACGCCUCACCGCGCUGCGCGUCAAGAAGACGAUCUCACAGCUCUGCGUGCUGGAGGACUCCAAAGGCUGAGAGGCCUGGCCGCGGGACGAGAGGGGAAGGCGUUCUGCUGUCCAUCUUUGCACGUGUGAUUGUAUUUCUGUCUCUGUCUACCUCAGCUCAUGUGGUUCCGUAGCGCGGUGCUCUGGGCGGAACACCGACCCAGAGAGUUGCACUGGGCCCCGGCGUGAGGCAGCCGGGACUCGGAGCUCGGGUUUGACACAGCGAGCCCGUGACUUGCUUUGGGUUUUUGUGUAAAUCAGACACCGGUGAAUCCCAGGAAGGAGCUUGAAGAGUCGUGACAGUGUAAAAAUUCCUUUUGCUGUUGUGCUUUUCAUCCUUGUCAGCCCCAAAUGUCCUGGAAGUGUCUGGUGUUGGUUAACGCCUGUUUGUGAGAGAAACCUCAUGUUCUGUCCUCAAACCAAGUAAAAGACCAAAUUAACCCAGACUUUUACCUUUUUUUUUUUUUUCUUGCAGGGAUUUGAAAAGGGGUCGUCAGUAAAUGCUUUUUGAAUUACUAUAAUUAACCAAGCAAUUAGAAAAAAUGGAAAUUCCAAUAAGUGUGUGCACUGUGAACAAAACCAUUGGGUCAGUUCCUUAUUAACAUUUAUUUCUAUAGUCUCAAUUUCACAUUCAAUAUCAUGGUUAAAGUUUGA